UUUUUUUUUUUUUCAGAUACUGUCUUACUGUCUGACCAAUUAUACAUUCCACUGACCAAAAUAGCUUGACUACCAAGCUAUAUAUACCAUCUCAGACUCAACCAUGAAUUAAAAGUAAUUAAGAAUUAAGCUUUUAGCAGGACUAUGGUAUUACCAUUAUAGUAGGCUUUCAGAGAGUUAAUUGAAGUCUGUCUACAAUGACACAGGAAGUGUCCUCAUAAACAAUGUAUACAAGAACACACACACAAACAAAAACAAAAAUGUGUAUGUGCAGACAGAUCUUGUGGACAGAUCUUGUGGUAGAUCAAGAUGCAAAAGAAAGUGCUGUUUUUCCCAGGGAGAAUCUGUGUUGUGUUCCGCAAGGGACCACUCGGAUUUCUCCUCCAGGAGCCGUCUAAAGAAGCCAGACGGAUUAAGGAUGACCCCACUCUGCAGGACAAGUCUGCGCCCAUGAGGGAGGACAUUGUGCGGCAGAAUGCUCUGACUGUGGUCCGUCAGAGAGGAGGGGAUGUCUCUGACAGGACGGAGGUCCUGGGAGACUACAUCCUGCAGUUUGGAAAGUAUAAAGGGAAGCCCUUCAGGUGGCUUUUAGAGAAUGAUGUAGGGUACACUAUGUAUCUCAUCAAGAACCUUCAGAAGGAGGAGGCAUCAGGCAUCCCUAUGGCCGAAGGGCAUAGCAAGGACAGCCUUCUGUCAUUUGUUAAUUAUGCUCUUAGCUUUGAAGAGAUCCAGUCUCUUCUCACCUAUGAGGCCAGUGGAGUGGGUGUUGUGGCAGCCUCAUCGGAAGAUGACCAGCUGGUUGGCUUUGGUUCCCGGGCCAAGAGCACCUGGAAGGAGAUAUGGGAUAGUAGAGCUGAUGGCUACGCAGACUUCAUCAUAAGGAAGAGCUGCGUCCCAGGGACACGCAUGUACAAGCUGCAGCAGUACCUGCGGAAGAGGCAGCAAUCUGCCACUGCUUCCACACCUAUUGCCUCAAGGGCCCCAGCUAAACCCCUGGUGAUGGAUGACGAUGAAGAACUGGAGAAGGCGAUGUUGAGCAUCUCACCCUCUAAGCUACAAGUGCAGAGCUUUGCUGUGCCAGCAGCAGUAGCAGUUGCUGCCAUACCCGGAGUGUCACCAGAAGCAAAGACAGGUUUUUGAAUACGAGGUUUCAGGACUGGAGUAUGAUGAAUUGCCCUCCAAAACUGAACCUUGACUUAAACUGUUCUAUUGUUUACGUUCUGGCCAUGUUCCGGUCAUGUUCCUCCAACAAUAUGGUUGUUUGCUGGCAUUAUACUAACAGUCCUAAGGGACUAUGAAUUCCUGCCACGAUGAACUGAUUUCAACCACAAUGAGGGUAAGAAUGCAUUUUUUUUCUCCAUUAAUGUUAUUUAAAAACAACUUUUAAGUAGCAUUUGGUACUAACACUUGAAUGCAUGCUUGUU